GAAUGGAACCCAACGAAAGGCACCACCACCAAGAGCAGCAGCAGCAUCAUCUCACUUCUCCUUACUACCAUCCUUUCCAUCACCACCACCACCACAAUCCGACCACCGUCUCCGCCGCACCGGCAACCAAUUCCGCCGGGAACUCGAUUCCAUCCUCCAACAAUGGUAAUUUGCCACCACCACCAAACGAUGGCUCUUCCUCUCUUGCGGUUUACCCUCACUCGGUGCCGUCUUCGGCUGUGACGGCUCCGAUUGAUCCAGUCAAGAGAAAGAGAGGGCGUCCCAGGAAGUACGAUACACCUGCGCAGGCCUUGGCGGCCAAGAAAUUGGCAUCUUCUGCAAGCAAUUCCUCCGCUAGAGAAAGGAGAGAGCAAGCCGCCGCUGCUGCUGCCGCCGGCGUUUCUCCUCUGUCUAAAUCCGGGUCGAAAAAAUCCCUUUUGGGCUCCGUCGGGAAAACUGGGCAAAGUUUUACUCCACAUAUUGUUAAUAUAACUCCUGGUGAGGAUGUGGCCCAAAAAAUUAUCCUUUUCGCUGAGCAGAGCAAGCAUGAGCUAUGCAUUCUUUCUGCAUCUGGCGUCAUCUCUAGUGCAUCCUUGUCUCACCUCGCAUCAGGAACCAAUGUAUCUUACGAGGGUCAGUACGAUAUCAUCUCACUGAGUGGAUCUUAUAUUCGGGGGGAGCACGGUGAUAAAACUGGUGGCCUUAGCGUUUGUUUAUCUAGUUCAGAUGGUCAGAUCUUCGGUGGAGGAGUUAGGGGACACCUGAAGGCUGCUGGUCCUGUUCAGGUGAUUCUUGGUACGUUUCAGCUAGAGAGAAAGAAGGAUGGAAGAAAUGGAGUGAAAGGGGAUGAUGCUUCCGGAAGUGGAAACAUGCUACCUUCUCCUUCUGGUACAGAAUCUCUGGUUGGGUUUCAUCCUGGUAUGGAAUCUUCCGGAAGAAAUCUAAACGAUGAGCAUCAUAGUAUUACGAGUAGUGCAUUGGGUGGUGGAGCACAUUUCAUGAUGCAACCGCCUCAUGGCAUGCACAUGACUCAUGCCCGACCUUCUGAAUGGGGCGGUACUGGGUAUGAUUUGUCAGGGAUGAGAGGAAAUGGGUCAUCAGAAAAUGGAGAUUAUGAG